AUGCAGAAGUUUCAAACCGCAUCAGUGAAGAAGGGAGACGAGGUGUCGUGCGAUGUGAAGACUGAGGUCGAGAUUGGAAACGUUGAGGCGGAGUUCAAGCUUGAUACGAAGUCCAAGCUUUAUUUCAAGGCCGUUUACGAGGAUCUUGCUCCUGGUCUGAAGCUUGCCCUAACUGGAAUCGUUCCGGACUCGAAAGCCACCAAGGCAGAGCUGACCUACAAGCAAGAGUUGCUACACGUGAAUGCCACCGUCGGUCUUGUUACACAACCCGUUUUCGAGGGUGCUCUUUCCGUCGGAACCAAGGGAGUGGUUGUUGGUGCUGAGCUUGGCUACGACACUGCUACUAACAGCGCGACCAAGUACAACCUUGGCGUGGCUUACUCCGAAUCCGACUUCGCCGCUUCCUUGUUGAUUGCUGACAAGCUGGACACCUUGAAGGCAGCUUAUUUCCAGAAGGUGAAGGAUAACGUGGAGGUUGCUGUUGAGGCAGCGCACAAACUCUCCAAAAGCGACACUACUUUCACAGCAGGUGCUUCCUUCGAGCUUGAUCCCCUCACAGAGGCCAAGCUGAGGUUCAACAACCGUGGCACAGUUGCUGCUCUCCUCCAGCACGAGUUCCGGCCCAAGUCCAAGGUCACCAUUGCAGGAGAGGUUGACUCCAAGGCUCUUGACAAGUCAGGCAAGGUUGGGCUUGCCAUUGCUCUCAAGCUUUCAGUUCGGUGGAUCAACAAACCACAGCAUUCCGUCGUCAUCUGCUUCCACCGACAAGCCGCCGACUUUCCCAUGACAAGACAGAAAGGUCAGCCCGAGGGAGGCAGCGCGCAGAGGGUUUCAGGCAACCCGUACGUGGAAAGGGUGGUUCAGGUGGCCGUGGGAGCUGCCCUGGGGGAGACACGCGGAGGAGCGGGGGACGCAGCAACGGACAAGCGGCGGCUGAGGAAGAAGUUGGCGAGUGCAGGAGUGCGCAUCACCAUUGCAGGAGACAACGACUUUUAUUCGCACCGACACACUCUGCAACGGAUGGGCCUGCCACUCUCUGCGUCCUCCCUCGCCCGCAUUCCUUCUUUCGCCCCCAUCGUCAGCAACCCUUCAUCAGCAGCCCCAGAUACAUCAGCACCCCCGGUCACAACAGCAGCCCCAGACGCAUUAGCACCAGCAUCAACAUCAGCAGUCGCAGCAUCAGCAGCAGCAGCAGCAGCAGCAGAGGCGACGAGGGGCCACGUGCCAGAGGUGGCGAAGACAGGGCUGGGGUCGUCUGCUGCCAUGACUGCUGCUGUCUCCGCCGCCCUGCUGCGCUUCCUCGGCGUGCUGGGGGGCACAGGGAGUGGCGCUCCUGAUGAGGUUUGUCAGGAGCGGCCGAUGGGGAGUGGAGCAGAGGAGGGCUCUCAAGAGGAGGCGGUGGGGAGUGAGGGGACGGUGGGGAGGGAGGAGGUGGUGCAUAGGGUGGCGCAGGUGGCGCACUGCCUGGCGCAGGGCAAGGCGGGCAGCGGGUUUGAUGUGGCAUCUGGCGUGUUUGGGUCCAUGUGCUACCAGCGCUUCAACCCCGCCGUCAUGCACUCGCUCAUGGUGGGUGCCCUCGUGCUGGGUGCUGCUGUGCUGCGUUGUGCCAUGAUGGGAGCAGAGGCAGCAAUGACAGUGAGCAGCGUAUCAGCCACGCUGCGGUCUCCUCUCUGGGAUCACACCAUCGCUCCCCUGCACCUCCCACGAGGCCUUCUCCUGGUACUGGGCGAGCCAGGCACAGGGGGCACCGCCACACCCUCCAUGCUUUCUGCUGUCAUGAAGUGGCGGCGGCAAUCACCAGAUGAAGCAGAGCCCAUAUGGGAAGGCCUAAAAGAGGCCAAUGCGGCAGUUGCUGCUGCCCUCACACCUGUCCCUGCUCGCACGCACCCAUCCAGACGCCUUCUCCACCACUCUGAACCGCCUGCAGCACGUGCCUCUCACUGCAGCAACCCCAUGCGCCACCUGCUCUCUGCCAUGGGCUCUGCAGCCGCCACGCCCAUCGAACCCCCCCAGCAGACCGCUCUCCUUGACGCUACCAUGCAGCAGCCGGGGGUGGUGAUGGCAGGUGUGCCGGGCGCGGGGGGCUUUGACAGUGUGUUUGCUGUGGUGGUGGGGGAGGAGGCGGUGAGGAGGCUGGAUGGCGUGUGGGCUGGCCCUGUGACCUGUGACAAAGCAGUCGCCUCGCCUCUACUCGGGCUCCUUGUGGGUCUGUGGCUCGACCACGAGGGUGUGUCGGUCGCUGUGGAGGUGGAAGGGCGCCUCAUAGGAGAACGCAGAGAGGUCGUCCACCUGCCACUCGUGCUCGUGCACCCCCCACAGCGGAUCCACCGUGCAUGCCCCCCCACUCCCCCCACUUUCACACCCAUUCGAAGGCCGUGA